GGCUAGACCGGGCUGGGCCGCCGGGGUCGACGGAGUUGGCGGCCUGUUGUGUAAGCCUCAGUCCUUGUUUUCCCCGGCCUGGCUCGUUGUGAAGCCGGACACAUCCACCCUUGGACUGGAUUCAAGAGGCUGCUGCCUUUCUCCAUGCCCCUCUUGGAUUUUCUGGAUUUUUGAAAACCCAGUGGCCCAGGAGGAGGAGGAGGAAGGAGGAAGGAACAGAUCUGCAGAGGAAUGUGAGAGAAGCCAGAAGAAGCUGGGAGCCAGAGCUGCCUGGGUUUCUGGAACAGUGGUUUCUGAGUGAGUCUCUUCUAUUUCAGAACAUUGUUCCAGUGGAAAGUGUCAGACAAAUUCUUGCCCUCUCAGAGCUGAUUUCUCCAAGUCACUUGACUUUUCUUCUGGGAGUGGAAGGAAGGAGAAACUACCUGCUCUGGGACUGCCAGGGGAAGGGAGGAAGAUUAUGGACAUGGUCCCUCCCUGCUCACAGGAGUGUGCCAGAGACCUAGUAAUAACAGGGCAGUUAAUGAGCCGUGGACAUUGCUUUGAGUAGUGGGAGGCUGGACGGCAUCUGUGGGUGCUGAGGCCCCAGUUUAGGGGCUGAGAGACUGAAUUGUUGUGACAGGCCCUGAGCUGCCAGUGCAUUCUCAGUUCUGGGCAGAACCCUGUCCUCAUCUCUCUCUGCCACUGGCCCAGCCAUGGCCCUGAAAGGCCGAGCCCUCUAUGACUUCCGCAGCGAGAACAAGGAGGAGAUCAGCAUCCAUCAGGAUGAGGACCUGGUCAUCUUCAGUGAGACCUCGCUGGAUGGCUGGCUGCAGGGCCAGAACAGUCGCGGGGAGACAGGGCUCUUCCCUGCCUCUUACGUGGAGAUCGUCCGUUCUGGUACCAGCUCCAACCAUGCCGACUGCUCCAGCAGCCCAGGCUCUCUGAGCACCCAGGUGAGCUUGUAUGACAGCUCUAGCGGGGCCGGCCCUUCCAGGAGUGGUGGGGGCAGUGGCUUCCUCUCACACCAGGGCAGCUUUGAGGAGGACGAUGACGAUGACUGGGAUGACUGGGACGAUGGGUGCACAGUGGUGGAGGAGCCUCGGGCUGGUGGGCUGGGCACCAAUGGGCACCCCCCUCUCAACCUCUCCUACCCUGGUGCCUACCCCAGCCAGCACAUGGCCUUUCGACCCAAGCCAGCCCUGGAGCGGCAGGACAGCCUGGCAUCUGCCAAGCGGGGCAGCGUGGUGGGGCGCAACCUCAACCGUUUCUCGUGCUUCGUGCGCUCUGGAGUGGAGGCCUUUAUCCUGGGUGAUGUGCCCAUGAUGGCCAAGAUCGCUGAGACGUACUCCAUUGAAAUGGGCCCUCGGGGCCCCCAGUGGAAGGCCAACCCCCACCCGUUUGCCUGUUCAGUGGAGGACCCCACCAAACAGACCAAAUUCAAGGGCAUCAAAAGCUAUAUCUCCUACAAGCUCACACCCACCCACGCUGGCUCGCCAGUCUACCGGCGCUACAAACACUUUGACUGGCUCUAUAACCGCCUGCUGCACAAGUUCACUGUCAUCUCGGUGCCCCACCUGCCAGAGAAGCAGGCCACAGGUCGCUUCGAGGAAGACUUUAUUGAGAAGCGGAAGCGUCGGCUCAUCCUCUGGAUGGACCACAUGACCAGCCACCCGGUGCUGUCCCAGUAUGAGGGCUUCCAGCAUUUCCUCAGCUGCCGGGAUGACAAGCAGUGGAAGAUGGGCAAACGCAGGGCAGAGAAGGAUGAGAUGGUGGGUGCCAGCUUCCUGCUCACCUUCCAGAUCCCCACGGAGCACCAGGACCUGCAGGAUGUGGAGGACCGUGUGGACACCUUCAAGGCCUUCAGCAAGAAGAUGGACGACAGCGUCCUGCAGCUCAGCACCAUAGCAUCAGAGCUGGUGCGCAAGCACGUGGGGGGCUUCCGCAAGGAGUUCCAGAAGCUGGGCAAUGCCUUCCAGGCCAUCAGUCAUGCCUUCCAGAUGGACCCCCCCUUUAGUUCUGAGGCCCUCAACAGCGCCAUUUCUCACACGGGUCGUACCUAUGAAGCUGUUGGCGAGAUGUUCGCUGAGCAGCCCAAGAACGACCUCUUCCAGAUGCUCGACAUGCUGUCUCUCUACCAGGGCCUGCUUUCAAACUUCCCCGACAUCAUCCACCUGCAGAAAGGAGUUCCAGAUGGCCGUUAGGAGGAUUCCAUGAGCAAAAUGCAUCAGCUGGACAGUGCCCGCAUGUAGCAAGUGUUCAGUGAGGAGCAGCUGGGAGAACCAGCCUCCGAGCGGAGCCUUAGAGCAGCCCUGGAGAGAGGCUCGGCCACGAAUAUUAUUACCCCGCUUCGUAAGUGAGAAGACUGAACGAGCCUCUAAGGCCACAUAGUAGGUAGAUGGCAGAGCUGGGCCUGGGCCUAGGCCCCUGACCACCUCCAGACCUUGAGCCUUGCCCCAUGUUGCUGCCACGUCUUUACAGGGAGUAGCCUCCUUGGGGCUUCCUGGCUGUCAUGGUACAUGUCAGCCCAGGGCCGGAGGGCUCCACUGGGCCGUUCAUUGGCUGUCACACACACCAUCACACACAGGAGAGCAGGGUCCUGGAGUUAAGAGAUACAGGCUCGUGUCACCUCAGGCAAGGUCAGUACUCAGUCUCAGUUUUCCUCAGGGGAUGUUGACAGUUGUCACUGUGACACCCGGGCUUGUGUUCAUGAGUGUGGGUGUGUCAAUGCUUCAGAGCACUGUGUCCUCGAAGCUGCCCAGGCCGGCAAGGCGGGGGGUGGCCCAAGCGCACAGUGGCUUACGCUGAAUGCCUGCUGUGUGCCACUGCGUGCUGGGCAUCGGGCUCAGAGCCUCCCCUGUGCUGCCUCAUUGUCCACAACUGCCCGGAAGGUGAGAAUGACUGCCAACAUGUCCCAGCGGACCGAGGCUCCGAGGCACGGGGUCCCCUGUGCGAGGUCGUACAGCUGUCCAGUGCAUCCCAUCGAGGCUGAGGUCUGCCUGGGCAGAGCUGUGCCCUUCCAAGGUGGGCAGGCUGGGCAGGCUGGGGGCAGCUGUCCUGCUGUGCAGUGAAUGCACGCGGGCUGGGAACUGGGGGGAGUGGGGAGGCAGGCGGCGAGUCGCUGCGUGCCUUCUGGUUAGCAGGUGGAAGGGCAGAGGGCUUGGCCCACGGAGAUCGCCGAGCAAAUAUUUGUUGACUGAUAAUUUACUGUAGGGCCUCAGGCUGGAGUGUGGGAGUGGGGUCUGGCCAAGGAAGAGUGGGCUGGGCAGACGAAGGCAGGAGUAGGGGUCCGGGGCAAGACUCAGGUGUCUGGGAAGGAACUGUCAGGAGCCUCCUUGCUUGAGGGGCCAACAUGAGGGGUGAGAGUGAGGCUUGGUAGGGAAAUGCUGGGACUGGGUUCUUGUGAGUGCCGAGGCGGAGCUGGAGAGGGGGGCACCCUGGCCCCGGGGCUUCCGUGUGGGGUAGGGUGGGCAGGCGGAGGGGAAUGGGGUGUGUGCCAGAGUGCGUGAGUCCGCCCGUGUGGUCGCUGGGUGCCCGUCAGUGUGCGCACCCGUGCUCGUGUGAGCGUCCCCGUGGUGGCACUCUGCCGGUAGUCGUUCGGCCACGCAUGAGUUUCCCUGCAUUCCCCAGACUGGAAGAGGCAACACCUCUCACCCUGAGCUCAAGGCCAGACUUGCAGUCAGCCUUAGUUCCUCUCUUUCUCUCACGCUCCACAUCCACCCCUGAGCAAAGCCUUGGUAGCUCCUCAGAAGAGGUCCCUGUCCACGGCCUGGCCCAAGCUACCGCCUGCGUAGACAGUUCAGUGCCUCUGAGCCAUUCUGCCUUCUCGACCGCGCCCUGGUCGGAGGGACCUCUUGAGACCGUACUCUAGAGGCGCCUGGGUGGCUCAGUCUCUUGAGUGGUGAAGCGUCUGUCUUCAACUCAGGUCAUGAUCUCAGGGUCCUGGGAUCCAG